AUGUCAAGAUUAUUCAGAAUCGCAAUUGAUGGUCCAGCAGCAUCCGGGAAAAGUACAACUGCUAAAUUGCUAGCAAAGAAAUUAGGCUUUAGUUAUAUUGAUUCUGGUGCCAUGUUUCGAGCAGUUACAUUAAAAUGCCAACUUGAAAAUGUUAAUCCAAAUGAUAUAAGCGCACAUAAUAAGAUAGUCGAAAUAGCAAAAAGAUGUAAGAUUCGUUUCCCUUCAUUAGGGAAAGUUGAAUUAGAUGGCCAGGAUGUUAGUGAAUUAAUUCGUACUUCUGAUAUUACAAGAAAUAUUAGUUUAAUAGCAUCCAAUCCUGAUGUGCGUGAAGUUUUAGCAAACCAACAGCGUGCAAUGGCUAAAGGUGAAUUGCCUGGCGCUGUCUCUAAUGGCUUUGAAAGAGAGGGGAAGGGUAUUAUUAAAGGAGUUGUUAUGGAUGGCCGUGAUAUCGGUACUGUCAUUCUACCUAAUGCUGAACUUAAAGUAUUUAUUGUUGCUGAUGUUCAUAUUCGUGCAAAACGUCGCUUUGAUGAACUGAAAAAAAGACAGGGCGCUGCCUUGACUGACACAUUAGAUCAAGUAGAAAAAGAUUUGGAAGCACGUGAUUUGGCUGAUCGAACAAGAAAAAUAGCCCCACUUUUACAAGCAAAAGAUGCAGUCAUGAUGGAUACAAGUUAUUUGACUAUUGAAGAACAAGUAAACGCAAUUGAAAAUAUGGUUUAUGAACGUAUAUAA